AUGACGCAAAUGCAUUUUGCCCCCCAGGACUGGGAGGAGGAUGGUGAGAGAAGGCAUUUUGCCCCCCAGGAGAGGGAGGAGGAUGGGGAGAGAAGGCAUUUUGCCCCCCAGGAGAGGGAGGAGGAUGGGCUCCCCCUAUUUGUGUCUGCGGUCAGGGACAGAGACUGUCUACAGGCUGGGGACACCUGCUCCAGUGAUGAUGGGUGCAGCCCUCGUCUGCGGACGUUGCGACAGUGUGUGGCGGGGGACGGCAGUGUGAAGCUGGGCCCUGGGGCCAGGAACCAGUGUGAGAACGCAGUCACGGCCCUGCUGUCCUCCCCGCUGCACGGCUGCCAGUGUAAACGAGGCAUGAAGAGAGAGAAGAACUGCCUCAGUAUCUAUUGGAGCCUGCACCAGUCUGUCCUGCAUGGACUGAGUCUGGUGGAGAGUUACCCGUACGAACCAGAGGAGAGGGGCUUCGACUACGUACGCCUGGCCUACAUGGCUGCAGCAGAUGAGGUGGGCAUAACGACGUUGAACCGUUGUCUGGACGCGGCGAAGGCGUGUAACGUGGACGAGACCUGUCAGAAGCUCCGUACGGAAUACGUCUCGGCCUGCAUCCAGCCGUCGGCCCGCUCAGGCCCCUGUAACAGAGCCAGGUGUAACAAGGCUCUCAGGAAGUUCUUCGACCGGGUCCCGCCUGACUACACCCACCAGCUGCUGUUCUGCCCCUGCACAGACAUGGCGUGCGCUGAGAGACGGAGACAGACCAUCAUACCAGCCUGCUCCUACGAGGACCAAGACAAACGCAACUGUCUGGCUGCACUGCGCAUCUGUAGGAACGACUACGUAUGCAGGUCCCGCUGGGCCCAGUUCCAGUAUGACUGCCAGCCCUCAGAGCACGUUGCCAGCGGUUGCAAGCAGGACAACUACGCAGCCUGUCUCCUUGCCUACACCGGCCUCAUAGGCAGUACGAUAACGCCUAACUACCUGGAUAACUCGACGUCUAAUGUGGGUCCGUGGUGUUCGUGCUCUGCCUCCGGGAACCACAGGGAGCAGUGCGAUGACUUCCUGGAAUAUUUCCAUGACAACAUCUGCCUGAGGAAAGCCAUGCUAGCGUUUGGGAAUGGGACAGGCACGCAGUUCUCCACAGGAGCAGCAAGCCAACCAGACAUGCCCGGCCCAGCUCACACUACCCUCAACAACCACAUCCAGCGCCUGGCAACCACCGUCUCUGGCAUCACUAUGGAAACUGAACUUAACGUCUUGGGAGCACAGAUGCCCACUCAGGUGAAUGACAAGGAUAGACUGUGGGGUGAUGACGGUGAAGACUCAACCCUGCCGGAGCUAUUAGACCAUGGAGCCCCUCCCCUCUACCUGUCUGCCCUAGGCUGGACCAUUCCCCUGGGUCUCUCCCUGCUGCUGUGCUACCAGUAGUCUGGCCUGGCCCUGGGGCUCCAUAGACUACACUACACACUGAUCGAAACUUGGGUGUGGAGAGAGAGAGAGAGAGAGAGAGAAACACAC